AUGCCAGCCGUUCUCUCUAAACCUUCCUCCUCCUCUCCAUCCUUUCUUGAAACAUCAUCAUCGAGGACAUUCGCCACCACUUCCUUUCCAAAAUUAAUUCUCGAUUGGUAUGAUUUUGCAUUCAAGAAACAUUACAAAACAACAAAAUAUUCUCUGAUUGCAUUGGCCUUGUCACUCGCUGCCUUCGUAUUCGGGAGUGGAUUCAAAAUAUAUCGUACCAUCAAACAAUCAAGAAAACGAUCACUAUCCUCCCUUCAUUCCACUGCAGUGGCACAUGAUUCCAAACCAUCUGCAGAAAAACCAAAAUCAGUCGAAUCUGCCUCAACGUUCAUUACAUCCUUUGUCACCAAAGUUUACAAAUUGUGUGUGAUUGCAUUUACAAAGAAACCCACAACACUUCAGACGGAUGAGUUUUCUGGAAAAGUGUUGGCCAUGUCUGCCUUAUUGGUUGCAUUAAUUAUUGUCCAGUCACUUGUCACAAGAAAUACAAACAUUGUGAGUGGUGACAUGAUGGAGUAUUUAGUAGCUCAAAAGAAGAGUCACUUCUUUUACAGUGUGGUAAAAUUCUCCUUACUCUUAGUGAUUCAAUCCAUGAUUGGUCCUUCUGUGAAAUAUCUUGUCGAAUUACUUGCCUUAUAUAUGAGAAGAAAUUUAACCAUGCAUGUUCAUGACAAGUACUUUUCAAAUAUGGCCUAUUAUAAGGUUAAUAAUUUGGAUAAGCGUGUUGGAGCAGCAGAUCAAAGAAUUACUCAAGAUAUUGAUGUGUUUUGUAAUCGAUUAGCAGAAUUAUUCACAGACAUGCUUCAUCCAACCUUUGAAUUAAUCUUGUACUCGAUUGAAUUGGUGAGAUUACUUGGCCCCUAUGCUUUAAUGAGUGUGGUCUUGUAUUUGAGUAUUGCAAUUUUUAUCUUGUCCAAAGUUUCUCCAAAUUUCACAAAAAUUAGUGCACAAGUUCAGAACAUGGAAGGUAAUUUUAGAGCCAUGCAUAAUCGAACAAGUGUCUUUUCAGAGUUAAUUGCCUUCUAUGGAGGAGAAAAUACUGAAAGAUCUAAAAUUGAAAAUUAUUUUGAAACACUCACUCAAUAUUCAAGUUAUGUCAUUGGAAGAAACUUUUCAUUUGGUGUUGUGAAUGAUUUUUUCACCAAAUAUUUUCCACACAGUUUCACCACACUCAUUAUUGGAUUACCUGUCUUCUUUGGUCGUCUCAGAUAUUUAAAAGGAGAUGCUCUGAUGGGUAAAUUGAGAUAUAUCAUUGCUGUCAUAACUUUGGAAUUUUAUGCAUUGGGUAAUGUGAUUGAACUUUUUAGAAAAUUAUUGAGAUUAGGUGGAAUGGCUCAACGCGUGGCCACAUUGUACACAGUUCUGAAUGAAAUCAAGCAUGGAAAUUCCAAAAACAUUAAUUUCCAAAAGCAUCAUGAUGGAGAAAUUAUUGAAGCAGAUGAAAUUCGUUUUGAUAAGGUCACUAUUAAGACUCCAGAUAAUAUCAAACUUGCUCGUAAUCUAUCCUUUCAUGUUGGAAAGAAUGAACAUAUUGUCAUUUCUGGAUCAAAUGGAAGUGGUAAAUCUUCUCUCUUCAGAGUCCUUGGUGCAUUGUGGCCUCUUCACAAUGGAAUUAUUUACAAACCACAAGCGAAAGGUUCUCAUGCCCGUGGUCUCCACAAUGACAUUUUCUAUCUUCCUCAAAAACCUUACAACAUUAAGGGAUCUUUACGCAGUCAAAUUAUUUAUCCAGAUUCCACUUUGAAGGAAGGAUGGACAGAUGGAAGACUUGAGGAAUUACUCAAUGAUUUUGGCAUUGGUUAUCUCUGUAAAAGAAGUUCAAAAGGUUUCGAUUAUGUACAUGAUUGGGAUUCAUUAUCACGUGGAGAACAACAAAAACUUGCCAUGGUUCGAUUGUUUUAUCACAAACCUCGAUAUGCAAUUUUGGAUGAAUGCACUUCAUGUAUCACUGCAGAGGAUGAAGAUCGUCUCUAUCGAAAAUGUACCAAAAAUGAAAUUACUUGUAUUACCAUUUCACAUCGACCAGCUCUUGAGAAGUAUCACACACAACGAUUGGUUUUUAAUGGAAAAGGAGGUUGGGUGUGGCAAAAGAUUAAGCAUGGAGGUGAGAUUGGUGUCGUCGAUGAAGAAUCUUCUUCAUCAGAAAUUACAGAACCAAUCUAUGAGUUGAAAGGAAUGGAUUUAUCGAUUCGUGACGAUAUUAAGGAUGAAUAA